GAACAAUGAAAAUGAAUUGAUUGGCCAAAAAAGAAAAAAAACAAGAAACCAGAAAAGGUAGAUAAAUUAGAUUUCAUGGUCUCAGCCGCACAAAAUCAUCACACGACAAAAUCAACCCAAUAAGAAUGACACUAACACGGAUGUGAAAUUCAGGAAAAAAAAAAAUUUGAUGGGAGAGAUUAUCUAUUGAUCCUUAUUCCUUCACGUACUGCAAACAAUUUGUCUGCACGUAAUGUUCAUCUGGGAUACAGUUGUGCUGCUUUCGAAGUUUCUACACAUGAUGGACAAGACUAUCAAUCACUUGCAGGGAAAAGAAGCAUUAUGUUUGAAGUAAAACUAGCAGCACAAUUAUAUCGAUGAGGCAACCAUAUAUGGCCUGGAGGUUUCUCCUAGUUCUGCAUAUAAAUAUGGUGUCUUCUGGACGCAACGAAAAAAACCUUUUGCGUAGCCAAGGAAGUGGUUUCUCCUAAUUCUGGGUCUAAUGUAUUUGUUUUAGAGGAUGCUAAAUGUCCAGGAUCUGGUGAACUUUAUUCCCUUGCAGUGCCUUUUUCCUCGCUUUGUUUAUUUCCUAUGAAGCUUUUAGAAAUAUUUGUUGUCAUUCAUACAAUAAUGAUGCAUUAAUUUAUAAGAAUUAAGAUCCUCCUUAUCCACUCGCUAUUAGUUUAUCUCAAUAAUGUGGAAUUUUUUGAUGGAAUUAGGAUAGUUUAUUUUUAUGAUGUGGUGCCUGAGCAAUCAUGUCCAUGUCUCGAGCUUUGUACCUCAUUUGCACCAUGCAUUUCGUAAGAGGGCAUGCUGCUGGGCACCUACAGUGGAAUGGGAAGGGAGAGACACUCUUUUGCUUUACAGGUGGUGUGGUUUAGUAGAAUUGGUAUUCCAUUCUAGUGAUAUAAAUGGUACUGAGCCAAGAUGAUACUUGUUAAGAUACUCUAGGACAUCUCAAUUGACAUUUCUGCUCCUGGACCAAGAUGGUUAGCAGCACACAUUCUAAGUUCUUUUGAAUUUUAUGGUUUCCCAAAUAAAAUUGGUAAAGAUAUUGGGAAAGCACUUAAAGAGACAGAACAUGCAGAUAUGCAGUUCUUUUUCAGUAAUGGUGCAUCACUGACAGUUCACAGAGUUAUUCUUGCAAUUUGAUGUACAUCUCUGCUACCUUCCAUGCAAUUACCUUGUCAUGAGAAUGAUACUGAUUAUCCUUCAGAAAGAUAUGAGCCAGAGAAGCCUAGUUCAAUGUUUCUGAAAGAAUUCUGUUUGUCUCCUCAUGUUGAUCAGGAGGCACUACUGAAGUUGUUGGAAUUUCUUUACUUGGUUUUUUUUUUUUCUUUGAAGCGGGAUAACAGCUUGAGAAGAAGCCAAAAACUACUGCUAAAUAUUGUAAUUUGCAACCUCUGUACAAAUAUUUCCUAGAAAGAGACUUAAGUGCGGCACUCUUAC